AUGAAGAAACUUCCUGUUUCUGUGCUGUCUGGCUUCCUUGGAGCCGGCAAAACGACCCUCCUGAACCACGUGCUCUCGAAUCGGGCUGGCUUGCGAGUCGCCGUGAUUGUGAACGACAUGAGCGAGGUCAAUAUCGAUGCUCAGCUCAUCGUUGGGGGCGAAGCGGCCUUGAGUCGCACCGAAGAAAAACUAAUCGAGAUGACGAAUGGAUGCAUCUGCUGCACCCUCCGCGAGGAUCUGCUCGCAGAGGUCGCGGCUUUGGCCAAGGAUGGCCGCUUUAAUUAUCUGUUGAUUGAAUCUACGGGCAUCUCCGAGCCGGCCCCCGUCGCCGAUACGUUUACGUUUGCAAUAGGCGAUGGAACACCGCUCUCGGAAAUUGCAGAAUUGGACACGAUGGUCACCGUGGUCGAUGCGGCCAACUUCUUGGAAGACCUUCAGAUUGGGAAAGAUUUAAAGAGCAUCGAUCAGGCAGCGACGGAGGACGACCCACGGACGGUCGCCGAUCUGCUGACCGAACAAGUUGAAUUCGCAAAUGUGAUCGUCUUUAACAAGACCGAUUUGGUUGACGAAGACACGCUAGCGACUAUUGAGGGUUUUAUCGAACAAUUGAACCCUUAUGCACUCAAGUUACGUGCAUCGUUUGGCCAAGUCGAGCCUUCGCGAAUCAUGGGCACGGGGCGCUUCGAUUUCGAGAUUGCCAAGAAGAGCAAAGGCUGGCAGCUAACCCUUCGCGGCGAUGGUGCCAGCGAAGUGGAAGAGUAUGGCGUCAACAGUUUCGUGUACAGGUCCAGAAGGCCAUUCCAUCCGCAACGGUUCUAUGAGCGUCUCAACAGAGACUGGAACGGAGUGUUGCGAAGUAAGGGUUUCUUCUGGCUGGCUAGUCGACUCGAUAAAAUCGGCGUCUGGUCACAGGCCGGGCGAGUUGCUCGGUUGGACUUCGGCGGCUUCUGGUGGGCUGCUGUUCCGCGUGAACACUGGCCGAAAGUGGACACAUUUCAAUCCGAUCUAGAGCGAAAGUGGCAUCCAGAGGUUGGUGAUUGCCGGCAAGAGUUGGUCUUCAUCGGUAUCGGCAUGGACGAGAUCGCCAUCUACGAUUCGCUUCAAAAGUGUUUGCUUACCGAUGCAGAAAUGUCGCAGGGCAUCCAGGGGUCCCUCACGCCGACUCGUGCGAAACUCUGGGUAGCAGAGCCGUAA